CUCCUCCACUGUGGGGCUGAUAAAUACCACUCUGUGUGCGUGGAUCGGUCUUCUCUAUCAGUCCAGUCACUGCUGGGAGGCUGCCUCCACUUCUGUUGUCAUAGCUGUUUGACACAAAAAAGACUCAAGAUGACUCAUCAGUUCCCCUCACUGUCCCCGGAGCAGAAGAAGGAGCUCGCUGACAUUGCUCAGAGAAUUGUGGCUCCAGGAAAAGGAAUCCUGGCCGCAGAUGAAUCAACAGGCACCAUGGGGAAGCGCCUCCAGAAAAUCAACGUGGAGAACAACGAGGAGAACCGUCGCUGCUUCCGUGACAUCCUCUUCUCCUCAGAUGCCUCCAUCUCCAACUGUGUGGGUGGUGUGAUCUUUUUCCAUGAGACGCUUUAUCAGAAGUCAGACAACGGCAAGUUCUUCCCUCAGGUCGUCAAGGAUAAGGGCAUUGUCGUUGGCAUCAAGGUGGACAAAGGCACAGCUGGUCUGAAUGGAACAGAUGGCGAAACCACCACACAAGGUCUUGAUGGCCUCUCUGAGCGCUGCGCCCAGUACAAGAAAGAUGGGUGUGACUUCGCCAAAUGGAGGUGUGUGCUCAAGAUCUCAGACGGCUGCCCAUCAGCUCUUGGCAUUGCAGAGAAUGCUAAUGUUCUUGCCAGAUAUGCUAGCAUCUGCCAACAGAAUGGCCUGGUGCCUAUUGUGGAGCCAGAGAUCCUGCCUGAUGGAGACCAUGACCUUCAGCGCUGCCAGUACGUCACAGAAAAGGUUCUGGCUGCAGUGUACAAGGCUCUGUCUGACCACCACGUCUACCUGGAGGGCACUCUGCUGAAGCCCAACAUGGUUACUGCUGGACACUCCUGCCCCAAGAAAUUCACCCCUCAGGAGGUUGCCAUGGCAACAGUGACCGCUCUGAGGCGCACCGUCCCAGCUGCUGUGCCAGGCAUCUGCUUCCUGUCCGGAGGCCAGAGUGAAGAGGAAGCCUCCAUCAACCUCAGCGCCAUCAACCAGGUGCCUCUCCAUCGCCCCUGGAAACUGACCUUCUCUUACGGACGUGCUCUCCAGGCUUCAGCUCUUGCAGCCUGGCAGGGCAAAGCUGCCAACAAAAAAGCUGCACAGGACGCUUUCUGCACAAGGGCCAAGAUCAAUGGCCUGGCUGCCAAAGGAGAGUACAAACCCAGCGGAUCAGCUGACCAGGCCUCCAUGCAGUCCCUGUACACCGCCAGCUACGUCUAUUAAACACUAUGAACACUCAACCUGAACAUUGCACAUGGACCAAAUAUGAUGACCAAAAAUGCCUCUGCUAGACGUGAUUCCUCCUGAGCCACAGACACCUGAGGAAGAAAUCUAUUAUAAUGUGGAAAUACUGUAUGUCUGCUCAGUGACACGACAAAUAAAUUAAGUUACCAAACUG